AUGUCAAGUAAACGCUUAAUUUCAAGCCGACAGUGCUUAUCAUAUAAAAAAUAUAUGAGUGAUAAAAGAAGUGAUAUCGAUCCGGUUGUUAUCGUUCAUGGAUUAUUUGGUCAAAAAAGAAAUUGGCAGUCGAUUGCUAAAGCUUUGUUAAGAGAGCUUAAUACAGAUAUCUAUGCUGUUGAUUUAAGAAAUCAUGGUGAUUCGUUUUGGCGUGAAACGAUGGAAUUCGACGAAAUGUCGGAUGAUUUGAAAGAAUUUCUCGACAUGGAAAAUCUCAAAAAAAUCCAUCUAAUCGGUCAUUCAUUAGGCGGUAAAAUUUCGAUGAAAUUCUCAGUAAAUUAUAAAUUUUUAUUGAAAUCACUAAUUGUUGUUGACAUUUCACCAAAAAAAUACGAUAAUGAGGAUUUAUUAAAUUUAAUUAACAUAAUGCGUACGCAUGUAAAUUUAAAUGAAACAAUUGAUAAGAUUGAUAAAAAUUUAAAAAGCUUUAUCGAUAAUGAAGACUUACGUAAAUUCAUUUUAACGAAUCUUCAACGUUUACCUAAUGGAAAUUUAAAAUGGAAAUUAAAUUUAAAUAUUAUUUUGAAAGAAUUAAAUAAAUUAGUUGAUAAUGUUUUAAAUAAUGAUAACGAAAUUUUUAUGGGCAAAACAUUGUUUAUCAUUGGUGCGAAAUCGAAUUACGUUGAUAAAAAUGAAUUUUGUGAUAUAAAAAAAAUAUUUCCCAAUUCCGAAUUUUCGAUAAUCGAAAAUUCUGGACAUUGGGUUCAUCACGAUCAGCCACAGUCGUUUAUUCGCGUCGUCGCUGAAUUUAUUAGAUCGACGUGUUGCUAG